GUGCACGUAAGCGAAACGUUUAGUAAUCGAAAUCUGCUUAUGCAUCAGCGGAAAGCGACAUUAUCUGUGUGCACACAACAAUCCCAUCAAAUUCCAGGAUUUCUUUCAAUCCUGAGAGAAUUGCCUCUCGUGUGCAUUAAAAGACCACACCCACCAUUAGGUUCACCCCGCAUAUACGGAAUCAACGUUGGUGGAUCUCGGACGGAACUGGCGCAUCGGCGUGGACGACUUCCCGGCCCUCAAAGUACGCCUGUACCAAGGAGUUCGCAUCUGCUUACCAAGCUAAACCUCCUACAGCUCGUCUCGUGUGCUUUGGGCAUGUUUCUCCCUGACUGUUUCGCUCAAUAGCUACAUCAAUUUCUACUCACAAGAUUGUGCCCGUCUGUAUUUCGUAGGCCAUCGCAUUUCCUCGCUUUCUGUUGGAUCUCACCGGCAGUUGUUUGGGCGGCCAAUCCUUCGACUUCCAGCUUUGAGAGAAGCCGCGGAGCUGUCCGGAACCGGGCCAGCCCCACAUUAGAUCAACGCUGUCCCUGACCCUAUCAAGCCCUUGGUAACGUGACUAUCAAGGGCACUGUCAAGAUAGUAGAUCUGAGGUCAGUGUCAAGAGGUGGGCAGUAGGAUGUCAAGUCCAGAUGAAGUGGGGCAACGACGGGGAACGAAGCGUGGGAGAGGCCGGGCGAGUCUGGAGGAUGAUGCUGCUGGAAAGAAAGCUAGGGGGAGACCGCGAGUGGAUACCCAGGAUGCCACCGCUGCUGAUCGACGGCGCACUCAAAUUCGUCUUGCUCAACGAGCAUAUCGACAACGUAAGGAAACAACGAUAGCUUCACUGCAAGAAAAGAAUGCCCGCCUACAAGCCAUCAUUACUCAAAUGAACAAACUUGUCACUGAGUUCGAUACGGCCGCUGCCAAGUCAAGUGUCCUUCAAUUAGACACAAAUCUUACCACGCAUCUGAAGCAGAUCACAGGUCACUUUGCUGCUCUAGUCAAAUCUGCAUCUGAAAAUAGUGUCGAUGGAGAUGACGAUAUGGCGGAGUCGAUGAUCGAUGCAACUACAAAUGGCCAGGAUGCGCCAGAGUCGAGAAGUCAAGAACAACAGCACGUGCUACCAGCACAACCAAACAGCGAAAACCGUAUGGAUAUUGGCUGGGGCUACAGCACAGAGAUGGCCGAUGCAGUACCCAGAUCAGGUAACUGGGAAUCAACGCAAGCCGUCCACAGAAGCGAUAAGGAGUUUUCAAAAGCACCAACUGCGCCGAAUGCGCCCAUGUACGGAGACAAUAAUUACACAUCUAGGGUACUGAGACCGCCAGUCAGAGUGGGACAAGUCAUGGACCAAGCCAUUUCAUGGAACUCGGUGCAAGCGCCGGAACGUGGCGAGUCCAAUGAACUACCUUUUGGAAUGGUUGAUGUCAGGCAGCAAGAAUACUCUUCCAGGACGCAGAGUUCCCAAGCAAUCACGGCGGCUAUCCUUACACCGGAGACUACACCGCCAUCCAAGCGCUUGCCAUCACCCCCUACGUUGAACAUUCUGUCUACCAAGCCAGUGAGAACUGCUUGUACAUAUAGCCAUGAUGAGACCACCUUCGCUCGUCGGCUGAGCCGCGCCGCUUUUGAGGCUGGCUACCAACUUCUCAGUAUUGCUCCGCAAAGGCCUGCGACCAUCAACCGGGUCUUUAGACUGUGGGUACCGCAUAAGAGCGUUGAUGAACUUCUUGAAGGGUUCAAGGGUUUGUUAUCUCGUGGCAUACACGAAGAUCUUGACAGCUGGGAGUCUCCUUUUCUACAUCUAGGUGGCGCGGGAACACAUUAUCCGCCAAAGGAUGCUCAAGGGACGAUCAUCUCUAAACCAAAUAACUGGAAGAUACGAAGAGUAGGGCCGAUAUCAUCAAACACAGUUCUCGUCGAAAACAUUUCGGAUCCAUCCAAGAAUCACGAGAUGAAGAUCGAUCUCACAGGCUUUGAGGGCGAGUGGUUCGACCCAGUCGAUGUGGAGGGCUAUCUGGAGCAGGAGAAAGGCUGCCGCAUUGAUCCAAAGCAGUCUUUCGCGGAAGUUCUCGUCGACGAGGAUUACAUCAACACUCCGGGGUCACCGGGCGAAGAGUUUGGCGCAUUCAUGGGAUUACAUGGGAAGACGUUCCACCCUUACGAUACCGGAAAAUGGCCACCGCCGCCGCCGCCGCCAGCUCCCACUUCAGCCUCGCACCCAGGGCAAGCCGCAAGUACGCAGUCUACAUCCCACGGUAACAUGCCAGCACAAAAUGCGGCCAACGCCAGCAAUACCAGCAACCUGUUUACGCAACCCGACGCACCAUUCGGCAUGGACAUGAACAUGGGUAUAGACAUGAACUCCAAUCUACCCUCUCUAGAUUUCAAUCUCUUCGACGAAGCCAUCGGCCUUGACCUCGCUCCCGGUUUCGCCAUGAACACGCAAAACCAAGUCCCACCGCACAAUUUCCCACCCUUGAAUUUCGACAGCAAUGUCGACAUGGGACCAUUGGGGUUGGACUUGAUGGGUGCAGGGCACGGGAACAGUAGCAACGGAGAGCCACUGGAAGCAAGACAAAAUAUCAAAAAGAAAAAAGUGGCGUGGGUGGACGUUACAAAAUUAGUCGAUGAAAUGAUUUUACAUGCUGUUUGUCUAGGGAGAUCGCCGGGGUUCAGGAGAAAGGAUGUCGACCGAGCGUUCCGCAAGUGCUUGAUUUCUGCGUUCUAGGUUGUGAAAGAUAACACAAAGUCUGCUGUUGGACAAUUGCUGGCAGGUUUCCAUGGCAGACACCGAGUCUCUAAUACAGGCAUAUCUCGUAUUCUAGCGUGUACAAAUAAUUAGCAAUCGUAUACUGCAAAUCAACCGUCUCAUACACCACCGAACCUAGAUUUGAAUGUGGGACGAUGACAAUAGCACGUGGGCAAUGAUGAUAGACUAUGUAUACCACAGCAUUGUCCGCUCAAUGUCUGCACUGUCUAACCACAAAGCAUCUAUAUACUACGUAUAAUUUAUCAAUAGAGAGAGCUUUUUCUAACCAACUACCGUAGCUACAAAGUAAAUCUAAACUGCUCCCCGCUUCAACUUCCUGUACACAGGCAUUCGAAACUUGCAACAACAUUUCCAAUCUCGAAUCUAAAUGUAGCGGUGUUCUUACCCUCACUUACAUACAUCCACACAAAACAUGCACACGCCUUUUUAUCUACUUACCGACCGCAAACUUUCUACAAAGCAAGCAACAUCAUAGCCACAGACUCCUCCGGCCCCAGAUCCAUACUACUGGCCAUCACUUCCCUAACGAUGUAUUCGAUGAAGGAGAAGAAAGAGAAGAACGAAAGAGGGGGUGGGGGGGCCUUACACUCACGCAAUACAGCACUAGUAAUAUCGUGCCUUCUUUCUUUCCUUCACCCUUACACAUCCAUCCCCAUCACCACUGCAUCUCUCCUU